AUGACAACAGCAGGACUCGGCGUCCCCGUCAAGCUUCUCCACGAGUCCCUCGGACAUGUCAUCACCGUAGAGCUCAAGACCGGCCAGCUCUACCGCGGCAAACUCGCGGAAGCCGAGGACAACCUGAAUAUCUCCCUGAAAGAUAUCACCGUGACUCAGCGAGACGGCCGUGUGUCCCAGCUUGAUCAGGUCUACAUCAGGGGAAGUAUGGUCAGAUUCUUCAUUGUCCCGGACAUGCUGCAGAACGCCCCGAUGUUCAAGCGUGUAGGACCGAACGCCAUGAGGGGACGGGGUAUCGGUACGGCUCGUGGAAGGGCCACGAUCAUGAGAGGUGCGUCUUCUCGUCGUGGUCGCGGCGUCCCCGCUGCAAGAGGUAUCCGUCGAUAA